CUUUUCAGUCUAUGAGGAGAUGGAUGUUUUUCAUUGGUAAAAAUGCUAAGACAGCAAGCCAGCUAAUUACAAGCUAAGUGAAAGUAAGCUAAGUAAGUGGACAUGUUGUGGGCAAAAAUGUGCGACAGAAGCUUGGCAUCCUAGAAUGUUUUGACAAGGUGGUCCAAAGUCAUUUUCUCUCGAGGUGUGAAAUGCUGCACAUUCUCCUUCUCGCAGCAGAAGCAGCACUACUGCUGGAUAGAAUUUCAGAGGAAGAUUUUUAUCAUGUCUUGGUGAUUUCACUCUGAUUUAGCUGUAGAUAUUUGCUAUUUCAUUCAGGUUUUAUUUGUAUCUAUUUAUAUUCAGACACAAGUUUACAACUACAUGUUGGAGAGAUGCUAGUCUGAUGAAAGAGAGAAAGAGAGCGAGAGAGAAAAUAAUUCCUCAUUUCAAUAAAAAUCGAUGCCUAAAUGAACUUGAGCGAAACAUUUAUCUUGUUACAGUAACAGUCACUUUAUCAGCACAAUUUGGUAACCGAAACAGUAGUUAUUCUGGUUUAUGACACAAAUGCUAAAAGUUGCCUGUCAAUAAAAGAAGCACGAAGUACGGUGGCUUUAAAGGGUCUAAAAAAGUUUUAUUGCGGUGACAUUAAAAUCUUAUAUAAGAUAGAUCUCAUACCUUUGGGGGUAAUAAAUGAAGAUAUAGAAGAGGAGGCUGCAACAAAAGGUACAAGGAAAACAGAUAUCGACUCCGCCUGGUCUUUAGUUGACCAUAUAAGUUUGUUUGUUGAGGCCGAUUGACAGGAAACGUUGUAACCUACUUAGAUAAAGACGGCUUGAAACCAACCGCCACGUGCGCACCCGCCGCCGCCGCCGCUUUGUAUUACUCCACACAACUCAAAACGUUUCACACGAGACCUGCCUCCUGGACCAGGUUCUAGAGCUGAUUAUGAGCGAGAAGCCCCCGCCGACCGGCAUUAGUCUUUUCCUGAACGAGGACGCGGACAAAGCCGCCGCGCCCGAGCCAUCAGACUUGAAAAGACGAAUUUGUGCGGCCAUGGAGAGGAGAGCUAGCAUCAUGAAGGAGAAAAUAAGCGCUGUCAGCAAGGAGAGCAUCAAAGAUUUCCUUAAAAGAAAUCUCUUUGUUUUAUUCACCGUUGCUGCUGUGGCUCUGGGCAUCGUUUUGGGCUUCGCUCUGCGCUCCCAUAACUUGUCCCUUAGAGAGAUCAAGUACUUUUCCUUUCCUGGGGAGCUGCUGAUGAGGAUGCUCAAGAUGCUGGUGCUGCCUCUGAUCAUCUCCAGCCUCAUCACAGGAAUGUCCUCCUUGGACAGCAAAGCGACCGGUAAAAUGGGCGUGCGCGCUGUGGUCUACUAUAUGGUGACCACCCUGAUCGCUGUCUUCAUCGGCAUCGUCAUUGUGAUUAUCAUCAAGCCCGGUAAAGGCAGCAGGGACAGCCCUGUAACCAAGAGCAGGAAUGUGGAAAUGAUCCAGGCUACAGAUGCAUUUUUGGACCUUAUCAGGAACAUGUUUCCACCCAAUCUUGUCGAAGCUUGUUUCAAGCAGUACAAAACCAUGUACAAGAGGAUUGUGCAAACGAGGAACGUGACGGAGAACCUGAACCUCACUGACAAUGCGAUCAAUACGACGGACGCCUACGUGAACCUCAGCAGGGUGCUCCACACCAUCCAGGAGACAUUGGAGGAGACGGUACCCAUGUCGGGCUCUUCUGAUGGUGUCAACGCUCUGGGUCUGGUCUUCUUCUCCAUGUGCUUCGGUCUGGUUAUCGGCAACAUGAAGCUGAAGGGUCAGGCCCUCAGGGACUUCUUCGACUGUCUCAAUGAAGCCAUCAUGAGGCUGGUGGCCAUCAUCAUUUGGUAUGCCCCGGUGGGCAUCCUCUUCCUGAUAGCGGGGAAGAUUGUGGAGAUGAAGGAUUUGGCAGAGAUGGGUGGCCAGCUGGCGAUGUACACCGUGUCGGUCAUCGUGGGCCUCCUCAUCCACGGGCUUUUCGUGCUGCCUCUGCUCUACUUCCUGGUGACCAGGAAGAACCCCUACAGCUUCAUUGGCGGUCUGUUGCAGGCACUCAUCACCGCUCUGGGAACCUCUUCCAGCUCUGCUACUCUGCCUAUCACUUUUCGCUGCCUGGAGGAGAAUAACCGUGUGGACAAACGGGUGACCCGCUUUGUUCUCCCCGUGGGCGCCACCAUCAACAUGGACGGCACCGCCCUCUACGAAGCCGUGGCGGCCAUUUUUAUCGCCCAAGUCAAUGACAUGGACCUGAACUUUGGCCAGAUUCUCACAAUCAGUAUCACGGCAACCGCUGCCAGCAUCGGCGCAGCAGGCAUCCCUCAAGCUGGCCUCGUUACCAUGGUGAUUGUAUUGACAUCGGUGGGACUGCCCACAGAGGACAUAACACUCAUCAUCGCCGUGGAUUGGUUCCUGGACCGGUUGCGUACCACCACUAAUGUGCUGGGUGACUCCCUCGGGGCAGGCAUCUUGGAACACCUCUCUCGUGACGAAUUGCAGAAUCGGGACGAAGAGGUGCGCAACUCCGUCAUCGAGGAAAACGAGAAGUCUUACCAUCUUAUCUGCCAGGACAAUGACAUCAUGCGCAACCACAACAACGAGACCACAAUGUGACCACUGAAAUGAAAAAUUCUGUAGGCUGCAUGUCAUUCCAAUUACUCAUCCAUCGGCAAUUUGCUAAACGGCACAAACAAUAAGUCAUCUUUGUGACGCAUUACACAUCUGAAAUCGAACUUCAACUACUGAGCUAGCAGGUGCAGCGCCCAGGGAUUCUUGCAGGGGUGUCACAUAAGACAUGUUUGUGAAUUUGCUCUUCGCUAGGCAUACGUAAGCUUCUUGUUUUGAUAUCUUGGGGGCAGAGUGCUCAAUUUGCUCCACAGAGAAGAGAAAGGACAGGGCAAAGCGGUAGGGUCAAAGGCUCACGCAAAAGCAUACACAUGCAUAAUAUGUAUUAGGAGGAAGGCUACCCUGAAAAGAUAAAAAAAAUAGUCAAAUGAGGUCAGAAGCUUCGAAGAAUGAUGUCACUUGUACUACGAAAAAGUUACGUAAAAAAGGUACAACAUUACAACACAGGAAGUUGUUAUAAAAAUAAUCGAAUUGUUGUGGAUGUGCGAAAAAAAUAUUGUGAUUAUGAAGUUCUAGUGUGUCCGCUUCAUGCCUUCUUGUGAAUCUGAAUAUUUUUUGCUCUACUACUUUUUAAGACUGUACUGCUGUGAACUCGUUUAAAUUAAAUACACACAGGUAUGAUUGUAAAGUUUUUCAAGAAGCACAUUAUUUUAAUGUUAUUUUAUGAGCUUGUGUUCGUGUAUUAGUUUGAUGGAGAAAGGAUGUAGUAAUAUUUGUCAUUGUGAAGAGAUACUCCAGUGUAGAGAGCUGAAUGUGCAGUAGUUUCAUGCUUUUUUUUUUGUGUAUGAUGAACGCUUCACACGUGAAUGGAACAAUUCAGAAAAGUAUGUUGAUGUGGGCUUUAGUUUGAAACGUCUAAUGUAAUUUAAGUGACAGUGGACUUUCCCCAGGAAUUGAUGGCACAAUGUGAUAAAAUAAAUGGCUCAGGAAUUAAAA